AUGUGGUGUCUCAGGUUUUUUAAUUCACAGAGCAGAUGUCUUCGGUUUGAAUAUCUGCGAUGUUGCCUGGUCUCUGCUGCCACUCUAUUCUGCCUGUCUGACUGCUGGCGAACACGUGAGCAGCAGCUGUUGUGUCAGCAUAGAGGUUUUAACAUAAGGAGCUGCCCUAUAAAUACCUCUGUGCGCUCCCCGGGGGAGGUCAAUUGGAGGCAAACAGUCAAGACACGAAAACAAACUAUGUGCCCAGCUGGUUGACCGUUCUGCUCUUGUUCCAGUAGCCGGAUCGAGCUGGGGGAUGUUACGCCCCACAACAUUAAACAGUUGAAACGCCUCAACCAGGUCAUCUUCCCUGUCAGCUACAACGACAAAUUCUACAAGGACGUGCUCGAAGUGGGAGAGCUCGCCAAGCUAGGUAAGACGAGACAGGCUUUCCCAACCACAUAGUCAGAUGUUGUCUGAUAUUGACGCACUUGUUUUGAUAGUGAACUAAUGGUGUAGUAUGAGGAAAAACUGCUGCAUGGCACUGAUGCAAUACGCCUGACCUCUGACCGCUGUGUUUGCAGCAUACUUCAAUGACAUUGCGGUGGGGGCAGUGUGCUGCAGAGUGGACCACUCUCAGAACCAGAAGAGACUGUACAUCAUGACACUGGGCUGCCUGGCACCCUACCGCAGAUUGGGCAUAGGUAUGGCUCAAUCUUUUAUUGGUUUCAUACACCAGCAAUAGCCAGAGUCAUGCCAUAUUUCCUUGUAUCCUCUUAUACUGUUUACACAGUAUUAGUUCAUGAUCACCUGUGUGUAUUGUAUAUUGUCCAACUCCUUAUCUUCUGUCUUGUAUUGUGACCAGGAACGAAGAUGCUAAACCAUGUGUUAAACAUCUGCGACAAGGACGGCACCUUCGACAACAUUUACCUGUAAGUCUAUAAUCUCAGUAUUCUUAAUGGCUUUCUCUCCUUGUGUCGUGUCCCUCCUCUGCAUUGAUGUGAAAGAAAUGGACAAAGAAAAUGCCUGGUAUGGGCAUACACCAUAUUGCUUAGCUCUCACCAUUCCUAUGUUUUCACAUCAGUGCAGAUCAAGGAGAGGAGGCCACCUUUUGAGAUGCACCCUCAGUGUUCAGUAUGAGAAAUGUAUGCACUCACUAACUGUAAGUCGCUCUGGAGAAGAGCGCCUGCUAAAUGACAAAAAAUGUUUAAAAAAAUAUUUAAAAAAAUAAAAGUAAAAUGUCACACCACACAUCCCUUCAUCCCUCACCUCUAAUUCACACGCCUCCUUCUUUUACCUGACAGUCAUGUGCAGAUCAGCAACGAGUCGGCAAUCGACUUCUACCAGAAGUUUGGCUUUGAGAUCAUUGAGACGAAAAAGAACUACUACAAGAGGAUAGAGCCGGCAGACGCCCACGUGCUUCAGAAGAGCCUGCGCAGCCCAUGUGCGCCCCCUGGGGGAGAGCUGCAGAAGGCAGAGUAG